AUGAGCAGUGUCUCCAAGUCCCGUGUCACGGAUUUUUUGAGGCCAGAUCAUCCUCCUGAAGCCUGGAGAUCCAGCGACACAAUUCCUGACGAAAGCUCGAGCCGACCUCGUGGUGGUAUCCAUCAAUUUCUGCAGAAGGUCAAGGGUUUGACUACAAGUAAAAACACAUCUAAACACCUCAGGCGUUCCCAGAGCGUCCCUGUUCAUCGGAAUGUUGACAAUGAAGGUUCUUUGUUGAUUCAGAAUUGCGAGAAUCCAUCGCUUCCCCGUCUUUCCAAAGAUGACGAGAAUCAUUCCACUCUUUAUAGAGAUUCUAAUAGCUUGGACCGAGUACCAUCACAAGACCCUGCUUUGAAGGAAGCCCCUUCUGGCUUGGAGGGUACUGUUGGUUGUUUCCCAGUACAUACGACCCUGCAGGAUGAUCAUGAAAUCGUGAACCUCGCGAAUCCGCUUGCGAGAUCGGGGGCGGACGCCCCUUCAAAUGUGCAAGCUAUCGUCGAUACUGAGAUCUCCGCUCUAUCCCAGGCAGCCUCUGACGAAGAUCCGUCUCAUAUCCCGAGGCUUGAUAUAUUGGCCUCUACCUCAGGAACUGAAGAAACUCUUGCGUUGCAGUACAUAAUCACACAUAUCUUUUGCCCCAUCAAGUUACCACGGCAUGAUGAUUAUGCUGCUGACAAUGACCACGCCCUCCUUGAUUUCGUGCUAGGCUCUGCUCACAAUUUUGUGAGCCUUUUGCCCGACGUCGAUCGGGAGCAUUGGAGUCCUUUGUUGAAGAUGCUGGAGCACCUUGGGGUUAUAACGACUUCUACGUCCCUGACCAAGGAUUUUGAGUCACAAAUUCGAUCCAUGCAAGCUGGAGAUAUUCUCGCAUAUCUGGUUCGGGCACAAAAUGCAGCUGUCGUGCUCCGUAGGCUCGAUGCAAAAACGAUAUUUGAAUCCUUCGAAGUUUCUCCGUCAGCGUCUGCUGUCAUGGCAGCACAAGGGAAACUCCUAUGUUCGUAUCCAGGACCUGCAAUCGCUGUACCAAACUCAAUCGUGGACAAUCCUACUUUUGGCCCCGAGCUAGCGAACUUCCUCGCGCAUAUGACCCGCGAUGUUUUAGAUCCGGCAGCAAUGAAUACCGAAGCGCGCUCCGUAGUCCUCAAAGGCACAGACCCUCCACAUCCUCGCCAUAUCACCGAGCUUCUGACUGGCAUCCUUCGCGCCUUUGGCGAGCCAGCUGACAUCCCUUGUAUUCGAAAACGUAUAGGUGAUGAUGUCUUAUGCUCGAAGGACAAGCUUCCGUGGCGAAGAUCGUCCCUCUGGCUUGUCAUAAGGGUUGCAUUGCAGACAUCUCUCGAGCGCACCACCCUUGGUCGAAAGGGCUACAAGGCUUUCAUGGCCUCGCUUAUGACGGACCUUGUGUCCAAAGCGCUUGAGAAGGAUCUGUCGAGCGAUCUGCUCUACUUCAUGUCCACCAAGAUUAGUCGCCGCUUGGUCAAGCUUCAGGCCGAAGACGGGCCGUUGGCACAGGUGAUGCACAAAGCUACUGAAGACAUCAAAAAUCGGCUCGAACUGCGCUGGAAGGACAUCCAGGUCGCACAGACACAUUUUCCUCACUGGGAUGCCUCGAAGAUUGAUAUAGACAGAGACACCAGGCUCUCUUUGACGGCGAGCGAAGAGUACAUCGUCGGUGUAUUACAUCAUACCCAUGUCCAACCCACAGUGCCAGAUUUUCGACCCGCUCAUCGUCCGUGGGGCACCAUUGACGACUUCCUUAAUCCUGACGCCAAGUUCUUCGAGGGUGCUUAUGCCGAGGACCCAUUUUUAGCGCUUUCUGAUUUCGAACGCGCCAUCGAGCUAGGCAUUGCUGGUUGGGUGGACAGUAUUAUUAACCUUGAUGCUUACCGCAUUGAUGCCGCUUGCCAGACCAUUCAAGUGUGCGCUACAAGUUAUUCCAGCAAAGCGAAACCUUCCUAUUCCCAAAACCCCGAAAGUAAAUCCAUCAUGCUCCUUACGCUGUUCGAACUCUGGGCCGCGCUCGACAAGCUAGCUGUUGCCUCGAUCCCCCUCCUCAAAGAGUAUUCUCCGGAGAUUCCAGUUACCAUUUUCAAUCCCCUUCUCCUUCAAAAAGCUACUGCUUUAGAGCGACUCAAAUUGAUUCAGCAGUAUGUUGCUGCUCGCAUCCAUGCCGCGCCCUCGGGCUUCUCUGUCUUCUCGACCGAUGCGGGAAAAGACAUGUUUGCAGUGCGCUAUUAUGAUCAAUCCAAGGAAUUGCAGUCGCAGAAGCUCUGCAUCGAGGAUGAUGCAGGUGAUGAGCGACGCAUGCGAAUUGAAGAUCUUCGCGACAAGAGCAGGAGGUACCAGGGUCUCACUCGUGGCAUUGAUACUCUCCCUUGUGACACAUACAUCGAUUCACGGGGUUUGAGUCUACACGAUAACAAUGAUUGCCGCAGGUGCAGGAAGAAUCUGGAGAGGGAGAGUCUUUCCAUUGAAAUUCACGAAUGGCCACUUCCCGAUGAUGUCAACGAUGCAGCAGUAGUGAUGUUUGAACUCGGUGCCCCAACCACUUUCAAGAUGUGGCGAUCCCUCACCGUUCACCUUCUUCAUGACAUAUGUACCUCAGCUAUAAAACCGAUUGAAAGCGCAAAACAGUACAUGCUGCUCCCGCAUUACAAGCCACUUUUGGACAAUCACCCGAUGCAUCCCGGGCAGCAUAUCACAUUGGGCUCCGAGACACAGUCCUUCCUUAACUCUCACAGCCGCUUCAAGUCACUUCCAUGCACCGACAACGACAUCUGUGUCAACAAUGGGCUGCGUUUCCGCCUUUACGAUACAACCAGAGGCAUUUGGGUGUCUAGUCCCUUUCAAAACCUUGACAUAUCUAAUUUUUGCACCUACGAGCUUCCGCCAGGCCCGUAUCGUGGACUGCAAUCUUACCUGUCGGGUACCGAACACACCUCCAAUGAAGUCUUGGCCAACCAGGCUACGUGUCAUGCGGAAUUGACACUCCAUGAAUUCAUCGCUUUCGGCAGUCUCCGUAGCGGCUGCCUUCUGCAAUGGAUCAACAUUCUUCGUGAAUUACGAGCACGCACGCUCUCUUUUCGCGAUCCUGCAGUUCAUUUGCUACUGCUUCAGGCUAGCCGUGAGGUGGGAAAGCUUUCGGCGGAUGGGUAUAGGGUAUGGCAUUAUGAACUGCGGGUCGCAGAUUUUGGUCACGCCCUUAUUGACGAGCUGGAAAACUUGACAGUCAGCGUGGAAGCUAACUGGCUGGAGGGGUGGACUAUGGCAACUAUCUCUACCCUUGUGUCCCGCCUUCUCUCCUCAGCAGACGAUUCUGAUGUCAUAGAGCGAUCACACAAGUUGCUGCGGGUUGUCCGAACUGCAACUUUCAAAUUGGUGCAAGAACUAUCUAAGGCUCUUCGAGAUGCUGCAGACGAAGAUUCCCGUUAUGAAUGCCGAGCUCGCGUUCGUGACAUGGCAUCAAUUUGUCGCAGCACCUACGAUGUGGGCCCGGACAGCAUCAGUGUACUCCUCCAAUCGUCACAUGACUUGGAGAUCUUAGUGUACUGCUCUGUUAUGUUGAAGGACAACGCGCCUCGAGAUCUACUUGCUCUUCCUCCAGUUUCAAGGCUACUUCUUGAACGCGACCGUCGGUUGUCACACUUCCUAGAGAUUCAUUUCCAACGUCAUGCGGAAGCUGACCAUGAAGGUCUUGAUCGGGCGAUGAUCCAUCUCUGGCCUGCAUACAAGCGCCACACGCGCUGGAUGGUACUUGAAUCCCCAAACUCUCGGUGGCUUAGAUGUGAAACAGCGCCCGAUGGCGAUGUAUCUCGUCAGACUAUUCACUUUGAUGUGUUGACGGCAUGCCUACUGGUCAACGGCAAGCCCUUGAGCAGGCUGCCACGUUGCUUUUUGAAGCAUUCUAGCUAUGUUGUGCUCUUCGGUCAUCAAGACCUUGAUGUUUUCGCUACAAAAAUUCCCGGCUUCGAGUUUGCGACAAAAGCUCUUAUACAUGGCUUUCAAAUAUUUUUCGGGAUACGCAACCAGGAAGUUGUCAUUCAGUCGAAACGUGAUAAUGGACACCUCCUUGAGCUAAUACCUCGAGACAAGCUUGAGCCAGACAUCCCUGCAUUCUUGCUCGAAAAUCACGUACAUUGGCUCAACCUAAGCACUCGUGCUAUUGAAUUUCGUCCAAUGGAGAGACUAUGGGAGCCAUCUGACAAAAACUGGGAAUUGCAAUUUACGGAGGGCGGGCAAUCAGUCCCGCUGAGCCCACUCGAAGAUUUCCGAUACCUGGCUGUCAUUCGUAGCGUGGAAGCAGGACAGACAAUCGUCAAGGUCGAUCUCCCUCGGUUUGGUCUCUCUUUCUUUAAAGACGAAGAUGGGGACCUGCAUUCGCGCAACCAGAGAGGCAUGGUUGUGGACGAAAAUCAGUCUACUGGUACAAUGUUUGGACUCGUUUUACGUUCAAAAGAUCAACGGACUUACAGCAACCGCCGUGUCAUCGUCCCACAAGGCGAUAUCAAAGUGGAGUCCAGAGGCCACCACGUCCAGGUCACCAUCCAUACCCCUUCUAAUACUGCUCCCAUGCCUAUCAUUGUUAUUCCGUCGACAUAG